AUGAUACUUUACCCAGAGAAAGAAGAAACGGUGACAUUCAAACGGUGUGUAUUAAAGAAAGAAAGUGAUAUUAACUGGGAGACUGACGACCACGAGCUUGGGGAUGUCUUAUUUGAUAACGGUGGAAUAGAGGCCUCCGAUUUUCCAGUUCAGAUCGAUUUUGCCAACAAAAAUUUUCAUCUCUCAAAACUUUCGGUUGGCGCAACACAAGAGGAAAUUAUAUGUGCGACAAAGCCCGAGUCUUUCCUUGGAAUUUGUGUGUUUGAUACAAUGGGCGAGCGUGAUUGUGUAGUGAUAAGUGAUGCGCUCUCAAUCUCCCGAGUUAGUGGCUUUGGGAAGGCCUUUCGGUGGGAGGAGAUUCGUUGCGAGAACGAGAUAACAGAAGAGGUGGAUCUUGUAGCGAUCGAUUCAUGUAUCCAGUCAUGUUAUACAAAAGAUAAUAUAAUAAGGGAUUUAAAUAAGGCAUAUUUAGGCUUUAAAUCGGGAAGAGGAAGAGUCUCGAGUGGUCGUUGGGGGUGUGGUGUCUUUAACAAUGACCCAGCUCUCAAAUUCAUUCAGCAAGUGAUGGCUGCCAGUGUUAUAGAAACGACUUUGAAGCUUCACUGGUUCGACAAAAAGGAAACCGAAAAGUUUGACGCUUUACUUAAACUGAUGAAAAAGAGGCAAAUGAGAGUGAAAGACGUGUAUAAGAUGAUCAUUAACGCAAAUACCAAAAAGUUUUUGGAAUCGGUCGAAAACACUACUGAUGGAUUUAAACUAUAUUAA